AUGGCGCUUUCUUCUUCGAGACAUAGUUUCUUUAUGGACAUGGCCUUAGAUCAAGCCGAAAAAGCAUUUGAUCAGCUGGAAGUUCCAGUGGGUUGUGUUGUUGUUAGAGAUGGAAUUGUAGUAUCAAAAUCCCAUAAUAUGACAAAUGCUAACAAAUCUCCACUUGAUCAUGCCGAAGUUAUCUCUAUUAGAAGUACAGACUGUUCCAAUAGUACAUUUUAUGUAACUUGUGAGCCAUGUAUCAUGUGUAUGGGCAUACUAGGGAGGUUGAAGGGAGUUAGGGUGUACUAUGGAUGUAAGAAUGAAAUCUUUGGAAGUGAAACCAUAUGCGGGGUUGGGAUAGAAAGUACGUAUCUUCCGGAUGAUCGAUGCUUUAAGAUACUGCAGAAAUUCUAUUCUAGAGAAAAUGCAUUUGCUCCUGAUGAAAAGAGAAAGUUGAAGAACCGCUAA